AUGACGUUUCCCAACGGAUGGAAAGAUUCUUUUCCGUUUUACAUCAUCUCUGCAUCUGCGAUUGACCAGUGGACAUCUCAUUUUAUCAUCAUCCUCAUCCUGAAAAUAAUACUUCUUGCAACAGCAGCGUCAUAUGACGUACAAGACGUUUGCCCACUCUUGACCAUGAAGUCAUGUAAAAAAAUGACUUUGUCGAAUGGUGAAACUGUGCAGUACAUCCCAAAACCCAUACCACCCGAUGUGAAAUGGCUUACGAAGAGCCUGCCAAGGUGUCAUUCGAUUCCACACGAUGCACGACAAUUCUAUUGUACCAUACCAGCAUGCCAUUCUAGACCCUGUCUUCAUGGAGGGAGUUGCGAGGAAACAAACACGGGAUACACCUGUCUCUGUUUGGAUGGUUACCGUGGUUCAAGAUGCGAGCAUGACAUGUUCAUCCAAUCGUUAAAAGUCCUUGGACCAGAUGAAAAUCCGAGCGAAGGACCACUUGCUCUGACAUCACGCUUGCUCGAUAACGAACACGUGCUCAUACAUCUGGAGAAUUGGAAGAGUAACUAUUCCCAACUGGCAUGUCAGCACCUCGGUUUUGAAGGGUCAUUCGCUACGUUGAGUGGUGCCCAGUACGAUUCCGUUGACACUCCUUCUGAAGUCGCAACGAUUAUUUGUCCGGAUGACGUCAUGAACCUAACUGAGUGCUGGACCAAUGAGACAAGAGUAGUGGUCAACAAAAACCAUACCAUAGCAGUAGUAUGCUGCCCUGGUGAGUAG